UGUAAUAUGUUGUACAAUUACAUAUUGUUGUGUUGUGAGUCGUGCUGUGCGUGUGACAGGUCUAUCAGUUUCGUAGACGAUUUUUAAGUUUAAAAAUAAAAAAGAAUCAGAAAUCAGACAAUAUGACGAGUCCUAUGGUUCAGUGUCAGUUGUGGAUGGGUGGUCUAGAACCAUACAUGACAGAAAGUUUUAUCAUGAGUGCAUUUCACAAAAUGGGUGAAACGCCUCAAACUGUUAAAGUUAUGAGAAAUCGCUAUUCUGGAGAGCCAGCUGGUUACGCUUUUGUUCAUUUUCCAACUGAUGAAAUGGCUUUAGAUGCUAUGCAUAAACUAAAUGGAAAGCCUAUCCCAGGAGCUCCACAAGUACGGUUCAGAUUAAAUCAUGCAAGCACAACAGGAAAACCAAUUGGCGAAAGAGAAUACAGUAUUUGGGUUGGUGACUUGUCAACAGAGGUUGACGAUUAUUCUUUGUAUAGAACAUUUGCAGCAAAAUACAACUCUAUACGAACAGCCAAAGUAAUUUUAGACAGUUCAGGCUUUAGCAAAGGUUAUGGUUUUGUAAGGUUUGCUAAUGAAGAUGAGCAAAAAGAUGCUAUGGUUACAAUGAAUGGUUACAAAGGUCUUGGGACCAGAUUAUUGAAAAUAUGUAGUGCUGUCCCUCGGCCAUGGAAUAGAGUGUCUGACUCAGCAAUGUCUUCAUCUGGAGAUUACACAUCAGGCAUGUCUUCUGAUAGUUACAAUUACUAUGAUACAUCUUCUUAUUGGAACAGUUACAGUGCCUGGCAACAAGGUUAUUAUGAAAGUGAUCCAACCUCUGAUGGAUACAGUAAUUAUACAUCAGACAAAAAGCCUGAAGAAGAUGAAUUGGAACUGAUUGAGCAUUCGAUUCCUGUUGAUAUUGACAAGUUGAAUAGAGAUAUAAUAGAACAAGAUUACAACUUGUGGGAUGCAUUGGAAAGUUCAAAGUGGAUUCCUUGUGAUACUUUAGAAUUAUGCUAUUGAUAUGAUGAUGUCACUAGCAUAAUAACAUUCAUUGCAAAUUAGAAAUUAUACAAAUUGAAUUUAUAGAACGUUCAGAGAUGGGAAAGACCAAAGACGAAAAAUGAUCAGUUCAUCAUAAUACUAAAUCAUUUUUUCGCCUUUUAUAAAAUAACGCUACUGCUGUACAAAAAA